AGGUUGCCGUCUUUUGCACCAGCGGCGGCGAGGAGUGGGGUGGGCACCCUUUCUUUUUCUCUUAGAAGAGAUUUUUAGCACAGGUUUUCUCGUUCUCACUUCCACCCCACUUCACCGCCUCCCAACCCCCCUCUCCCCCUCCCCACCUAUCGUCAUGACGGCGUCUCCGGAUUACUUGGUGGUGCUUUUUGGGAUCACUGCUGGGGCCACCGGGGCCAAGCUGGGCUCGGAUGAGAAGGAGCUGAUCCUGCUGUUGUGGAAAGUCGUGGAUCUGGCCAACAAGAAGGUGGGACAGUUGCAUGAAGUACUAGUUAGACCGGAUCAGUUGGAGCUGACGGAGGAUUGUAAAGAAGAAACUAAGAUCGACGCGGAAAGUCUGUCCUCCGCUCCGCAGCUGGACCAAGCCCUCCGACAGUUUAACCAGUCAGUAAGCAAUGAACUGAAUAUUGGGGUUGGACCUCCUUCUGUCUUCUGUACUGAUGGGCAGCUGCAUGUCAGACAAAUCCUGCAUCCUGAGGCUUCCAAGAAGAAUGUAUUAUUGCCUGAAUGCUUCUAUUCCUUUUUUGACCUUCGAAAAGAAUUCAAGGAGUGUUGUCCUGGUUCACCUGAUAUUGAUAAACUGGAUGUUGCAGCAAUGACAGAGUGCUUAAACUUUGAGAAGACUAGUUCAGUCUCCCGGUAUGGAGCCUCUCAAGUUGAAGAUAUGGGGAAUAUAAUUCUAGCAAUGAUUAGCCUUAUAAUCUGAGGUUUAUAAUCACAGCCUUAUAAUCACAGGUUUUCAGAUCCAGAGAGAGUAAAUUACAAAUUUGAAAGUGGCACUUGCAGCAAGAUGGAGCUUAUUGAUGACAACACCAUAGUCCGUGCACGGGGUUUACCAUGGCAGUCUUCAGAUCAAGAUAUUGCAAGAUUCUUCAAAGGACUCAACAUUGCCAAGGGAGGUGCAGCACUUUGUCUGAAUGCCCAGGGUCGAAGGAAUGGAGAAGCUCUGGUUAGGUUUGUAAGCGAGGAACACAGGGAUCUAGCAUUACAGAGGCACAAACAUCACAUGGGGACCCGGUACAUUGAGGUUUACAAAGCAACAGGUGAAGAUUUUCUUAAAAUUGCUGGUGGUACAUCCAAUGAAGUAGCCCAGUUUCUCUCCAAGGAAAAUCAAGUCAUUGUCCGCAUGCGGGGGCUCCCUUUCACAGCCACAGCAGAUGAAGUGGUGGCCUUCUUUGGACAGCAUUGCCCCAUUACUGGGGGGAAGGAAGGCAUCCUCUUUGUUGCUUACCCAGAUGGUAGGCCAACAGGGGAUGCUUUUGUCCUUUUUGCCUGUGAAGAAUAUGCACAGAAUGCAUUGCGGAAGCAUAAGGACUUGUUGGGUAAAAGAUACAUUGAACUCUUCAGGAGCACAGCAGCUGAAGUACAGCAGGUCCUGAACCGGUUCUCCUCGGCCCCUCUUAUUCCACUUCCAACCCCUCCCAUUAUUCCAGUACUGCCGCAGCAAUUUGUGCCCCCUACAAAUGUUAGAGACUGUAUACGCCUUCGAGGUCUUCCCUGUGCGGCCACAAUUGAGGACGUCCUGGACUCUCUGGGGGAGUUUUCCACAGAUAUUCGAACUCCUGGGGUUCACAUGGUAUUGAAUCACCAGGGCCGCCCAUCAGGAGAUGCCUUUAUCCAGAUGAAGUCUGCGGACAGAGCAUUUAUGGCUGCACAGAAGUGUCAUAAAAAAGCCAUGAAGGACAGAUGUGUUGAAGUCUUUCAGUGUUCAGCUGAGGAGAUGAACUUUGUGUUAAUGGGGGGCACUUUAAAUCGAAAUGGCUUAUCCCCACCGCCAUGUAAGUUACCAUGCCUGUCUCCUCCCUCCUACACAUUUCCAGCUCCUGCAGCGGUAAUUCCUACGGAAGCUGCCAUUUAUCAGCCCUCUGUGCUUUUGAAUCCACGAGCACUGCAGCCCACGACAGCCUACUACCCAGCGGGCACUCAGCUCUUCAUGAACUACACUGCGUACUAUCCCAGCCCCCCAGGUUCGCCCAAUAGUCUUGGCUGCUUCCCUACAGCUGCUAAUCUUAGCGGUGUCCCUCCACAGCCUGGCACGGUGGUCAGAAUGCAGGGCCUGGCCUACAAUACUGGAGUUAAGGAAAUUCUUAACUUCUUCCAAGGUUACCAGUGUUUAAAAGAUGUAUGGUGAUCCUGAAGCCGUCAGAUAUGACAACUUCUAGCAACUUCAGGGGAAGUUUGUCUACGCUCAGGCUGCAGUAUUUUCAGCAAACAUGAUUGGACAGUGGGCUUUUGCCCAAUCAUUUGGUAGAGUAAAAAAAAACUUGAGCCAGUGAAGCCAAAUCCUUAUAGCAAGCAGCACGCCUGGCUCCUUGCUGAUUGCAAAUAGGCAUUUAAAAUGUGAAUUUGAAAUCAGGUGACUCCAUUACUUCCAGCUAAUGUGGCAUCGUAGGUGUUUCCUAAGUUUUAAGUCUUGGACAAAAAUUACUAGUGUCUACCAUCUCCAUCAGGAACUGUGUCAUGGAAGCUGUUUCUAUUUUUCAUUCUCUUUCUCCAUGUCUUCUGCACAAGUGUGCCCUCUUACUAAUUCAAGAAUAAGGUCUUGGAAUCCUUAAGUCUUACUGUUAAACCAACGCAACUGCCUUUUUAAACACCUUGGGAUAAAUCAGAAGACCUCUUGCACCCACCACCAAACACUCCUAGCUUCAAAGUUUCACCUUUUUUUCUCAGCAGGUACCAGUUGUAAAUAAGAAUGAACUAGGGGCCAAAAUGCGAAACCAAAAAUGAAGCAGCUAUCUGUAGUUAGUAAUUUCUAGUUUAAACUGUAACUGAACAUUGUGGCUUCAUAUGUAUUAUUUUAUAUUGUACUUUGCCCAUUACUGAUGGUUUGGACUUUAAUAAGAGAAAUUCCAUAGUUUUUAAUAUCGUAAAAUGAGAAUAUUUGAACAGUGUAUUCUAGAAAGCAAUAUACUAACUGAAGUGAACGCUUGUAUAUAUUAAGAUAGAGCCUUAAAACUUUCUCUCUAAUGCCUUAACUGUCAAAUAAUUAAAACUUUUUAAAAGCCUAGGAUUAUAGUCAGCAUGCUGGACUGAGAGGUAAACACUGAAGCCACUAGAGCAGGUACUGAUGCUGUCAGUGUUUAGCACUGUGUGUUUAGCUGUGUUUAUGCUAAAAAGUGCAAUAUUAGAUACUAGCUAGCCAGUACUGCUGCCUUGUGCAACUCCAAAGAGGAAAACAGGAUUUGAUUAAGUGCUCAUGUGUCUUUAAGUUACUCCUAUUGUCCUUGGUUCGGAUACGGUGCCCUGCAGGCUUCUGUGGCUGCUAUUUUUAUUUCCUUUGCAUUAUUUUGAUUAACACCUUGAAUGGAGAGCCAAACAUUCCCUCUUCAUCUGACCAGCAAUGGCCCUCUAACUGCAGUAGGAAAAAACAAAACAAAACAAAACACAACAUUUGGUCUGAAAAUUGGUGACAACUGGCACUUAAGAUCAGAAAAAGAGUUGUUUAUACUUGAUGCCUUAAGAUGCUGUCGGCCCAAAGUUCUGAGAGACUUUAAGAUAGAAAGUAAUACUUAACCACGGUACUAGAGUUUUCGUAGAAUUGUUACAUUUGAUAAUAAAACUCGCCUGUUUAAUCUCAAAAAAAAAAAAAAA